AUGCCAGGCCAAAUCUCAGAAGAAAAUGAAUCCGUCUCGGUGGCUAUCGUCGGCGGUGGAAUAGUCGGUCUUGUCCUCGCUGUCGGUCUCCUCGGCCAGAACAUCAAAGUGAAGGUAUACGAACAAGCAAAAGGCUUUCGUGAGAUCGGCGCCGGAAUCGCAUUCACAGCAAACGCGGUCAAGUGCAUGGAGCAAAUCGAUCCGGAAAUCGUUACAGCUCUGCGCUCUAGUGGAGCGGUUCCUACUUCUAAAGGCGAUGAGACGGAUCCCAACGACUACCUCCGCUGGCUCGACGGGUACAAUAAGCUGCAGAAGAAAGAUGAACCGCACUAUCAGCGCAUGCUGUAUAGACUUGAUGCAGGGUAUAAAGGGUUCGAGGGUUGCAGACGCGAUCGGUUCCUCGAGUCGUUGGUGAAGAUCAUCCCUCCAAACGUGAUUGAGUGUCGGAAGAGACUGGAAACUGUGGAUGAGACAUGCGAAGGGAAGAUUCGCCUGAUAUUUGCGGAUGGGAGUGUGGAGGAGGCUGACGCCGUCAUCGGUUGUGAUGGGAUUAAAUCCCGGGUCCGCUCCCUACUCCUUGGAGAGAAUCAUCCAGCCAGUCAACCCGGAUACACACACAAAGUCGCCUACCGCACCCUUAUUCCCAUGGAAGACGCUAUCAAAGCAUUGGGCGAGUACAAGGCCAACAACCAGCACUAUCACGUCGGCCCAAACGCGCACCUAAUCCACUACCCCGUCGCAAACAGAAAGUUCGUCAAUGCAGCAGCCUUUAUCUCCGAUCCAGAAGAAUGGGAAGAAGAAAAGACAGUCGCGGUAGGCGAAAAAGCAGAUCUUAUCGCAGCGUUCGCUGGGUGGAGUCCAUGCGUCCACAAUGUCAUCGACCUCUUCCCAGAAAAACUAGACAAAUGGGCCAUUUUCGAUCUGUGGCAGUAUCCAGCACCAUACUAUAGCAAGGGAAGAAUCUGCCUUGCGGGAGAUGCUGCACAUGCAUCCAGCCCACAUCAUGGAGCUGGAGCGUGUAUGGGUAUCGAGGAUAGUCUGUGUCUUACCACCUUGUUCAAGGAGGUGAACCGGACGAUACAGGAGGACCCAGCAGUAAAGCAACAUGCGCUGAUAACAGCUUUUGAGACGUUUGAUACUGUGCGACGCACUCGCAGCCAGUGGCUGGUCAAUAGUAGUCGGCGGGCUUGUGAUUUCUAUCAUCAGCCUGAGUGGGCGGAGAAGGAUAAGUGGGUGAAAGCGCAGACUUGCUUUGAGGAGCUGAAGGAUCGAUCGCACAAGAUUUGGUAUUUUGACUACGAGGGUAUGGUUGAUGAUACCAUUCAAGGUUAUAGGGAGAAUGUGCUGUUAUCGGACGGAUCGGGUAGUGAAGUUUAA